UUCACGUCACACAUAUGAGUAUUUAUAUUAUAUAAGCAUAAAAUAAAUUUUUUCUCUUUUGUAUUUCUAUAUAGUGUUUAUUCUACAUUUUUUAUGUCAGUACAACAAUAAUCAUCUAGGUUAGUAUCUUUUUUUUUUUUAUUAAUUCGAUUUUAUUUUAUUUCUAUUGAAUUUAAUCAAACGUUUUUAUUUUACUUAUUUAAAUAUGCAUGUUUUGGUUUACUUACUACUAUUUGUGCAAGUGUUAAACGUGCUUGUUACUUCAAAACACAUAAAACAUAAAGUGGUAAAUGUGUUGGCGUCCACGAGUUCGAACAAUAAAGGAAGUUUAGGAAGUUGCGUACAAAAUGUUGAACACAUAGAAACGUCAUUCAUCAAGGACUUAUGUAAAUCGAAUCCCGAUUUGGAAGAAUUUAUGAUUGCAGCCGACAUUUUGAUAAGAUCCGAUUGUGCUUUGAUCGAUUCGUGUAGAAGAGUGGUCGAGCAACCUCAUGAUGACCAUGACGAAGUAGACUUCAUAGUAGUUGGCGGAGGAGUUUCUGGUCCCGUAGUGGCAGGAAGACUGUCGGAAAAUCCUAACUGGACGGUGACCCUAUUGGAAUCCGGUCCAGAACAACCGGCAGCAACCGAUAUACCUGCUUUGCUGAGUUCAGCGAUCGCCACGAAGUAUGAUUGGCAGUAUAAUACGACGCCGCAAAAAAACGCUUGUUUGGCAUACGGAGGAGUGUGUGGUUGGCCCCGUGGAAAAGUGUUGGGUGGAACAGCUGUACUGUCCGGUUCGAUGUACUCGAGAGGGCACCGGGAUGUCUACGACGGUUGGCUGAGGGACGGCAACGUCGGGUGGGGAUACGAUGACGUGUUGCCGUUUUUCAAGAUGUCUGAGAACAACAAGGAUUACCACACGGAACACCACGGAAAUCGGGGCCCGAUCUCGGUGCAAAAACCCACCGAAAUCUUGCCGAUCACAAGGACUCUGAUGGAGGCCGCGCAAGAAUUGGGGUACGAAGAGAUCGACAUGAGCGAUCCGGAACCUAUGGGCUUCUCGAUCGCUCAGCUGAUGAUGAGCAGCGCCAAGACGCGGGUGACGACGCCUACGGCGUACUUGCGGCCACACCUACGGACCCGCAGCAACCUGCGCGUCCGGACAAACAGCCACGUGACCCGACUGCUGGUGGCCGCGGACCGGCGGUCGGUAUACGGCGUCGAGUACGUGGACGGCUCGAACAGGACCCGGAGGCUGACGGCCCGGAAGGAAGUGAUCCUGUGCGCGGGCGUCAUCGGGUCCGCGCACCUGCUCAUGCUUUCCGGCAUCGGGCCGGCCGAGGACCUGCGGCCCCUGGGCGUGCCGGUGGUGCAGGACCUGCGCGUCGGCCACAACCUGCAGCACCACGUGGCCAGCAAGCUGACGUUUCAGCUGAACGUCACCAACGACCGACUGCUGUCGUUCGACGCCAUUGGCCAGUACAUGAAGCACAGGUCCGGGCCGCUGUCCACGACCGGCGGCCUGCAGACGUCCGCGUUCCUGCGGUCGGACAGGGCUGGACCCGCGGAACCGGCCGACGUGCAACUGUUCUUCGACGGUUACUCGCCGAACUGCGCUUACGCCCUACCGGUGUACGGCGGCCAGUGCGCCGCGGCCACGGCCCCGGUAGUGAUGAACGUCCGGCCGGUGAACAUCCGGCCGCUGAGCCGGGGCUCCAUCCGGUUGGCGAGCGCCGACCCGUUCGUCCGGCCGCGCAUCGAUCCCAACUACCUGGCCGCCGAGGCGGACGUGGACGUGCUGGUGUGGGGACUGCGGCUGGCCAACGACCUGGUGACGCGCACCAAGGCGCUGCAGAGGUUGGGCGCCACCGUCGACCGGCCCGUCGAUCAGUGCAGCCGGCACGCGUUCGGAACCGACCCGUACUGGAAGUGUCUGGUCCGGUACCACACUCGCGGCGAGAACCAUCACGCGGGCACGUGCAAGAUGGGCCCGGCUUCCGACCCGACCGCAGUCGUCGACCUCGAGCUGCGAGUGCACCGAGUCCGAGGAGUCCGCGUGGCCGACUCGUCCGUGUUCCCGACCCAGCCCAACUGCAAUCCCAUCGCGCCCGUCAUCAUGGUGGCCGAGAGGGCCGCGCAUUUUAUCAAGAACACGUGGCACUGACGCGCGAUUCCAGACGACGGUUAGGUCACGUGUGCGGUACCGCGGUAUACGCGGUAUGCGCGGUUAUACGAAUUCAAAAUAUAUCGUUUGUCGAGCUUCAAAAAAUAAUUUCAGACUCUUG